CUGACUCCUCUUUCACACAGGUACAUCGGCCCCAGCACCGUGUUUGGCUCCAGUGGUAAGCUUGCCAAUGUGGAGCAGUGGCGAUGUGUCUCCAUCCUCCGGAGUCACUCAGGCGAUGUGAUGGAUGUAGCAUGGUCUCCCCAUGACGCCUGGCUGGCCUCGUGCAGUGUGGAUAAUACUGUCGUCAUCUGGAAUGCAGUCAAGUUCCCAGAAAUUCUAGCUACCCUAAGAGGUCAUUCUGGCUUGGUAAAAGGGUUGACUUGGGACCCUGUUGGUAAAUACAUUGCCUCUCAAGCUGACGACCGGAGCCUGAAGGUGUGGAGGACUCUGGACUGGCAGUUGGAGACCAGCAUCACCAAACCUUUUGACGAGUGUGGAGGGACGACCCAUGUGUUGCGGCUCAGCUGGUCACCUGAUGGGCAUUACCUGGUGUCUGCCCAUGCCAUGAACAACUCUGGCCCCACUGCCCAGAUCAUUGAACGGGAGGGCUGGAAGACCAACAUGGACUUCGUUGGACACCGAAAAGCCGUAACCGUUGUGAAAUUCAACCCAAAAAUCUUCAAAAAGAAGCAGAAGAACGGGAGUUCUGCAAAGCCUAGCUGCCCAUACUGCUGCUGUGCUGUUGGCAGCAAGGAUCGUUCUCUCUCUGUCUGGCUCACGUGUCUGAAAAGGCCUUUGGUUGUCAUCCAUGAGUUGUUUGACAAAUCCAUCAUGGAUAUUUCCUGGACUCUGAACGGGCUGGGCAUCCUGGUGUGCUCCAUGGAUGGCUCUGUGGCAUUCCUAGAUUUCUCCCAGGAUGAGCUCGGAGACCCCCUGAGUGAGGAGGAGAAGAGCCGCAUUCACCAAUCCACCUAUGGCAAGAGCUUGGCUAUCAUGACUGAGGCCCAGCUCUCCACAGCUGUCAUUGAGAACCCUGAGAUGCUCAAGUACCAGCGGAGGCAGCAACAGCAGCAGCUAGACCAGAAGAGUGCUGCAGCCAGAGAGACGGGAUCAGCUGCCUCAGUCGCUGGCGUCGUCAAUGGGGAGAGUCUGGAGGACAUCAGGAAGAAUCUUUUGAAGAAACAAGUUGAGACUCGGACCGCAGACGGUCGGAGAAGAAUCACGCCUCUCUGCAUAGCACAGCUGGACACUGGGGACUUCUCCACGGCGUUCUUUAACAGCAUCCCACUCUCAGGCUCCCUGGCAGGCACCAUGCUCUCCUCUCAUAGCAGUCCACAGCUACUGCCACUGGACUCCAGUACCCCCAACUCCUUUGGCGCCUCGAAGCCUUCCGCAGAGCCCGUGGCAGCAGCCGGCACCAGGCCUGCGGGUGAUUCUGUCAAUAAGGACAGCAUGAACGCUACCUCGACUCCUGCUGCAUUGUCCCCCUCCGUGUUAACAACCCCAUCCAAGAUCGAACCCAUGAAAGCGUUUGACUCCCGAUUCACGGAGCGGUCCAAAGCCACGUCAGGUGCUCCUGCCUUGACCAGUGUGACUCCAACGGCCGUAGAAAGGUAG